AUGAAAAUAUAUCAAAAUCUUUUAUAUAAUUAUAUAUAUUUAUUUUUUAUUAUUUAUAUAUUUAAUAUAACCGCGGUCUUAUCGGAAUAUAGACCUUAUGGAUCAUGGUAUUCUCCAAUUUCAGCAAAUCUUUCAAGUACAAAAUUUAAUGUAUUAACAGAGGCAUAUCCACCUACAAAUGAUCAUGCUUACUGGCUAGAACGAAGACCAUCAGAAGAUGGAAGAUCUGUUUUAGUAGAAAUUGAUAAUUUUAAUAAUAAAAGAGAUUUAUUACCUUCAGGAUUUGGAGCAGCUACAGCAGUAAAUUCAUAUGGAGGUGGUCCAGUUACAUUUGUUUCACAACAUACAUGUAGUUGUGAUAGAUUUUUAAGUUUUCUAUUUGUUAAUCAAGAGGAUCAGAUGAUAUAUUUACACUAUCCAAAUAUCGAUGGAUUCCGACCAAUGCAGAUGACAUUCGACAAAAACAAAAUGUAUGCCGACGGUGUAUACGAUUCAAUGAGAAAUAGAGUGAUCUAUGUAUGUGAAGAUCACACCAAUCCAAACAAUAUUACACAGUCACUGGUGUCAUUGGAUCUAGAUACAAGAGUAUUAGUAACAUUGGAAUCAGAAUUUGAUUUCUAUAUGAAUCCAAGAUUGAGCCCAGACGGUAGAAAACUAGCAUAUAUCGCUUGGAAUUUCCCUAGAAUGUCAUGGGAUGAAAGUCAAUUAUAUUUAGUAGAUUUAGAUAGAAGAGGUAAUUUCACACAGAAAAGAAAGAUUUCAUUUAAAAAUGAAUCUGUACAGGAUCCACAAUUUGAUGGUCAAUUAAUAUUAAAUUGUUUAAACAUUUUAGAUUUAUAUUUUAUAUCUGAUAGAAUUUAUAAAUUUUGGACUGUAUUUAGAUAUGAUCUUAUUAAAAAUGAAAUAAUAGAUUCGAUUCCACCUUUUCUUUAUCAUUUUAAAGAGAUUGGUGUUCCUUCGUGGACAUUGGGAAUGCACACAUUCGCAGUUCUACCAAAUUCAAGAGUGAUAGCGAAAUCAUUUGGAUAUUUAAUUGACUAUAGUUUCGUUACGAAAAGAAUACAGUUGUACAACAAUCAAUUCAGUCAAGUUAAAUUCAUUUCCUAUUCGAGGUUGAACAAAGCAAUGACUAUUAUUGGUUCGUCCACCAGACAACUUCAGACAUUGGUUCGCAUCAGUAAUUUCGAUCAUCAUGAACUGUCAUUCCAUCGACUACUAAACGAUCAAAUCUCGAUUGAUUCACAGUAUAUUUCAGAGCCAAUGGAAAUUCAGUAUGAUACAUCGAACGGUGGAAAAUCCUAUGGUUUCUACUAUCCUCCAAAGAACCCUAGAUUCGAAAACUCUGUUCUUUCCGGUGAGAAGCCACCUCUUUUAGUGAGAACACAUGGUGGACCGACUGGCUACGACUCGGCACAACUGCUGCCAAACAUUAUGUUUUGGACAUCACGAGGUAUCGGUGUUUUGGAUAUCAACUAUCGUGGCAGUUCGCAAUACGGAAGAGACUACCGUCAGCUUCUCAACGGAAAAUGGGGGAUCUACGAUGUCGACGACAGCUGUAGCGGCGCGCAGUAUCUAGUGGAUCAAGGUCUGGUUGAUGGAAACCGACUGCUCAUUGACGGCCAGAGUUCCGGUGGCUACACAACACUCGCCGCCCUUACCUUCAAAAAAAUGUUCCAAGCCGGUUGCAGUUUCUUUGGAAUCGGUGAUCUGGUGCAACUGACGACAAAGACCGAUCGUUUGGAACUCACCUACGUAUCGACACUGAUUGGCGGCGAGCAGAAUCUAAUCGAUCGAUCACCGAUCUAUCAUGUCGAUCAACUCGAUGUCCCAGUGGCAUUCUUCCACGGAAUAAACGAUCCUGUCGUACCCUAUAACCAAUCAAUUCAGAUGUACAAUGAACUGAUCUAUCGUAACAAACCAACUCUUAUCGAACUGUAUCCAGGCGAACAACAUGGAUUCGCUCAAGACAAAAAUAUCAUUAGAUCGCUCGAAGGUGAAUACUAUUUCUUCUCUCGGGUCUUGAAUUUCGAACCUUCUUUAAAGUUGAUUCCAACUAUCGAUGUUCGUGGUGCAAUAUUCACGAGAAUAAUCGCUUCAAUUUAUUCAUUGAUAUCUACCAAUAUAAAAUAG